GCUCCCUCCUAACAGGAAACAUCUUACCACACAUCAAAAGAAGUGCAUGACUCGCAAUCUGACCAUAUGUAAAUUAUAACAAGCAAUUUUCCCACAAAUCAGUUCCUUGAAGAAUGAGAGAGUAGGGAAUGUUCUGAUCCUGAAGUCACUUUGUUUAAAAUCCUCUAAAAUAUGUGUGAAUGCCGGGCCGAGUUUAAUGAUCUCCAUGCCAAGCUUCAUGAUGCCAUUAUGAAAGGAGACCAAGAGAAUAUCAAAAGAUUGCUGAAGGUCAAUCCAAUCAAUGAUCCCAUUACUAUCUGGAAAAACUGUACCUUAUUCCCCACACUUCCAGCUCAGGAGUUAGCUAUCCUUCCAAUCCACUUGGCUGCAACAUACAGAAAGGCAAAGAGUUUACAAUGCUUACUUCAAUUAAAGGCUGAUGUAGAAAAGAGGGAUGCCUUGGGCCGAACAGCAUUGCAUCUGAUCAUUGUCCACUGGCCCAACAUAAUCCAAGACUGGAUUGUACCAAAGACCAAGUUUGAGAAAGCUAUGGCGGGCAUGCAGAGCCGGGCUGAGCAGUGCCUGCAGCUGCUAUGCCAACACGGGGCACAGAUCAACGUGGCCACCCAAACCAGGAGUCAGGACACAGCAAUGCAUCUGGCUGUGCGCCACGGAGCCUGGCGGGCAGUGCCCAUCCUGGCACGGUAUGGUGCCAACCUAGAGACAGCUAACCAUCAUGGCAUGACCCCAAUGCACAUGGCCAGCGGGCUGCUGGACCAGCGCAUGGUGGAGGAGCUGCUGGGCCGGGGGGCACGAGUGAACAGCGAGGUGGUGGGCAGUGGCAGCACUCCCCUUCAGUUGGCCGUCUGCGCCGCCUCAGGCAAAGGGGCGCAGCAGCUCGGGGCUGGCCUGGAUUGCGUGCGGGUCCUUCUGGCAGCAGGUGCCAGCGUGGACACCCAAGAUCAGCAGGGGAGGGCAGCAGUGCAUGAGGCAUGUUUUGGGGGACGACAGGAGCUCAUCGACCUGUUGCUGGAGCAUGACGCUGACCUGGGCCUGCGCACCAAGCUAGGUGAGUCACCUCUCUCCCUCUUCCUGGAACGCAGGCCCAACCUCCGGUGCAGCCAUCUGCUGGCAAAACUGCUCAGCCUCUCCUGUCCUCUGCGGAUUGCCAGCAGGCAGGGGGGCCAACUGCCCAGCGGACUGCUGUGCCCAGAAUUCCGCCAGCACCGGGAGUUCCUAUUGACCCUGAGCCAGGAGCCACCAUCUCUUCAGGAUCUCUGCCGGGUGGCAGUCAGGAAGGUCUACGGCCACCGGCAGAGGCAGCAUCUCAAAGAGAUCUUGCCCACCUCAGUGUGGCAGUUUGUGUAUGGUUACAGGGACUAUGCCAGGAGGUUGGCAGAGAUAGAAGUCAAGCCAAUAGAACAGCUCAACUGUGGGGAAUCAAGGGAAUCUGGCCAACAGCCUGCUCCACAUGCACUGAGUGGACACUGAUGUUACCAACAUUCUUUAAUUUAUAUUUUCAUGUACCUGAUAGGAAUUGGUGCUGGAGCCUUAGCAUCAUUUAAUGUCACUCAGCGACAGAUGAUAACUCUCACAAUGGAACAGUCAGAAUAAAAUAAAGCAGUUUUGAUAAGAUUUCUCCAUUUAUGAAGUGUUUACAGCAUAGAGCAGAUCAUUCAACCCACCUGCUAGAUCAGUUUUUCCGCUCCACAAGAGCCUCCUCCCAUCUCUUUCCAUCUCAGCCUUUCAGCAUAUCCUAUUUUCUUUUCAGCUUCAUAUGUUUAUUCAGCUUCUAGUUAAAUAUUCACCUCAAAUUAUUCGCCUCAAUCACAGUUUGUGGUAGCAAGCUUCACAUUCUCUCCUCUCUCAAUAAAAACAUCUCUCGAUUGUGUGUAUUAGUAAUGAUCUCAUGUUUGUGGCCCUUAGUACUGUACACCACCCUGCCCCUGCACCCCCCCCCCAGAAGAAGAAGCACCCCUUCACAUCUUCCCUUCAAAUUCUUUCAUAAUCUUAAAUUCUAUUGGGUGACCUUCUAGGACAACAACUCCAGCCUAUUUAAUCUUUACAGAUACGUAUGACCUCUCAAUUAUGGUUUCAGUUUUAGCAAUCCAAAUUUCUCCAGUGUCUCUGUAUUUUUUCUAUAUUAUGAAUGAUUACUUACAGUACUGAAGACAGCGAGUGGUCUUCUAUACAUGAAGCAAAACUUUUCUGCUUUUCAAUUCUCUCUCUCUCUACCCAUUUCAUUUUAUGGUCUUGUUAACUUCUUGUCCUCAGUUCAUAACAAAGAUGUCAUUUGUAAAUU